UUGGUGCUGGUUAACCAGUUCCAACCUACAAACUAUCAAAUCAACUUGAACAUAGACCAUCAAAAAUCAAACUUCACUGGUGAAAUUAUUAUAUCUCUUUCAAAAGAUUCAAAACAUGUUCCUGAAACCGAAACGGAUUUUAAGUUUCAAUUAAACUCUGCUGAAUUGGCUGUAUUGAAUGGUGUCUUUUCAACAACAUCAGGAGUUGAUCAUAAGGCUAAAAUAACUUAUAAUAGACCAAAUGAAAUUGUCGAACUCAUUGUGGAAAAUGGUGCUAAUCUUUAUAAAGAAUCAGAAUUGAAAUUAACAAUCAAAUAUCUUGGUAAAAUCAAUUCAAUUAAAACUUAUAGAGAUUUCACAAAAGGUAUUUUCAAAACAAACUACCUAGAUGAUAGAAAUAACAAUUCAACAAACUACAUCAUUGCAACUCAUUCCCAAGCUUCAUUUGCAAGAUACAUCUAUCCUUCAAUUGACGAACCUGCAUCAAAAGCCACUUUCCAAUUAUCAUUAACAACUGCUAAAGAUUUCAAAGUCCUUUCAAACACAUUACCAGAAUCAAGAACAACAGAAUCAUCAAACCAAACAAUAACAUUUGAGAAAUCUCCUCCAAUGAAUACUUCAAUCUUUGGUUUCAUAAUUGGUGAUUUAGAUUUCAUCGAAUCAACAAUCCAAUUAUCCUCAAAAUCCAUCCCUGUUAGAUUUUACACACCAAUCGGUCAAGUCCAACAAUCCGCAUAUGCUCAUGACAUAACUUCAAAAUUAUUACCAAAAAUUGAAUCUAUUUUCAACACUCCAUACCCAUUAUCAAAACUAGAUAUAGUGGCAUUACCAUUCCUAAGUGAUGGUGCUAUGGAAAAUUUUGGUUUAAUAACAAUUCAAUCAUCACAUGUACUUGUGGAGACUUUAUCAAACAAGCCACAAUUGAAACAAAUCCGUCAAUUGAUUGCACAUGAGUUGAUCCAUCAUUGGAUUGGGAAUGAUGUUUCAUUUGAUGAAUGGGAUCAUUUAUGGUUGAAUGAAGCAUUUGCUACAUGGUUUGCAUAUUAUGUGUUGGCACAAGUUAAAAUAGAUGAUGAGGACUUGCACAUAUGGGAAGAGCAAGGUGAUGUUGAAUUGGAAAAAUUAUUCACAACGGAUUCUGCUAUUGGUGUGAAGAGUGUUGUGGGGAAACUUGGUGUUGGUACUGUGAAGACUACUCAAGAUGCAUUUGAAGUUCAUUCUUAUAGUAAAGGUAUUCAAUUCUUGAGAAUGUUGAGUAAUGUUUUCGAAAAUGAUCAAUUUAAUGAUCAAUUACCAAAAUUUGUCUCAAAUUUAUCAAAAUUCAUUACGGAAAAUCAUUUCAAAACUAUAAAACCAACAGAUUUAUGGAAACAUUUACAUCAAGAUUCCUCAUUAGAUUUAUUAGCAUUCACUCACUCAUGGUUAAGAACUCCGGGGUUCCCAUUAGUUUCUGUUUCGAUUAAUCAAGAUGAUAAAAUCGUUUUGGAACAACAUCGUUAUCUUGAAGAAUCUACAGUGCAAGAGCAAAAUUUGGAAGAUGUUCCAUAUCAUAUCCCGUUAGCUAUAAAGUUAAAUGAUGGUUCAGUUGUCAACAAGAUCUUGAACGAUAGGAAAUUAAUUCUAGAGGAAAUCAAAAUUGAAGAAUUUGUUAAAUUAAACACAAAUAGAAUCGGGUUAUACAGAGUUCAUUACAAAGAUUCCAAACUGUAUGAAAACAUUGUGGAAAACUUUGAUCCUCUAUCAACUCUAGAUCUAUUAGGCCUGGUUCAUGAUCUAAGUAGAAUUAUUGGUCGUGAUUCAUUACAAUCUGAUCAAGAUAUUGUUGGUUUUUUGAAAAUUUCCCAAAGAGCUGUCAAUUCAUCAAAACCAAACUUUGAAGUGCUAAGAUACAUCCUAAAUAAUCUUGAAGUUUUAGAAAAUGCUUAUAAACUACAAUCAGCCAAUAAGAAACAUGCUAAGUUUGUCAAAUGGUUAAGACAAUUAAACCUAGAUCUUUUCAACAAAUUGGAUUGGUCACAAGUUGGUAAUGCAUCCACGGCAGAAUUAGAAACCAGAGCAUCAAUAUUGUCAAUUGGGAUUGAAACUCCUGAAAUUCAUACAGUUUCUGAAAAAUUUUUCAAAAAAUUAUUACAUGGUCCUCGUCAAUCAGUUCCUGUUCAAUUCUUAUCACCAAUCUUAUCAUCAGUUUCCCUUUCCGCUAACCAAACCACAUGGAAGAAGAUAUUAGAAUUGGUUAAAGCUCCAGGUGCCACAACAGCUAAUGUGGAUGGUGGAUCUAUUGGUGAAAUUCAAAAUGCCGCAAUCAAAGCCAUUGGUCAUACCAAGGAUCCUGCCCUAGUUAAACGUGUCUUGAACUUUGUCACUACAAAUAUUGACUCUACAAUGGUUGAAUUAGGAUUAGUUGGGUUGUUAUACAAUCCAUCAUUGAAUAAGCAAACUUUAUGGGAUUGGUUCAAGUUGAAUUAUGAUCAUUGGGCUUCAAGAUCUUUAAGAGCAGGGUCUGAAUAUAGUGCCAAAUUGAAAAAAACUGUUAAAAGUAUAACUUUGAUUGUUUUAAGUGCUUUCACUAGAGAUGAAGAUUCCAAGAUUGUUCAAGAAUUCGUUGAUGAAAGAUUGAAAAAAUUACCAGAACAUGGGUUAAAAGAAAAUGUUGAAUUGGUUAAAGAGUCACAAGUGGAAAAGAUCAAGAUUGCUUCUUCCAUUGAUUCAGUCUUG